CAAAUCAUAUCAAUUUCCGGUUUGUGUUUUUGUAAACACAAGAAGCCUACAAACCGAGCAGACACGCAAAAAAUCACUUCGCUGUGACGGUUAAAAUUUAUGUCACCAGUAGUUUUAUAGCUCAGAAUUCGGCGUUUUUGACGUGAAGAAAGCGACGUCGGUUCUCCAGUUGAUUUUCCGUCAGGCUCUUCACGGAAUGACAAACAACAAACUAUUAGCUAAGAGCUAACUUAGCUACGCUAACGUCAAGCCUGAUCGUAACGUGUCUUGUCACCCCAACAACGAAGUGGACAUUCUCAUGGUGGCCUCAGUUCAAUGGGGAACUGUCUGUUUUCACAAGGUGCGGAUGACCUGUCGCUGCUGAACGAGUCCGAGGGGGGCAGUCUGCCCGGAGAGCCUCCGCCGCCCUACCAGGAGCGCAUCCAGCCAGUGCCAGUGUACCAUCCCACCCCAGGCGAGAGUCGUCUGGCUUACCAGCUGACCGAGGAGGAGCAGGUCCGUAUUGCCCAGCGAAUCGGUCUCAUCCAGCACCUGCCCAAAGGCAUCUUUGACCCAGGCUCUGACCCAUCUGACAAGAAAGUUAAAGAGUGUGUAAUCUGCAUGAUGGAUUUUGAGUACAGCGAUCCCAUUCGGUUUUUGCCCUGCCUUCAUAUUUACCACGUGGAUUGUAUUGACCCCUGGCUGAUGCGCUCCUUCACCUGCCCCUCCUGCAUGGAGCCGGUAGAUGCAGCCCUGCUGUCCUCUUACGAAACCAACUGAGCAGCCUCAUGACAGCUGCUCCCGCCUACAAGUAACUGCACCUUUUUUUUUUUAACCAAAGCUGCCCAAGCUGUUCAGACAGGCAGCCAAGGUGAUGUGGCAUUAUGCAGAUGUUUGGAGGUUGUUUUAGGAUGCAGACAGAUGUUGAAAACUGUGACCUACAGUACAAUGCUUUGGUCUGAUAUGCACCUAAUUGGGCUUAGGAAACAUUUUGCCUUUUACAGUAGGACAACGUGCCAAAUCAAGCUAGAUGAAGAAUAUGAAAAGCUGUACACGUAGCAACAUAUUACUGCAAAGUCAUUUCACGUUUGUAUGACUGACAGUAUGUUCUAAUUUAAUUACAUUUUUAUGGUAAUUAGAUGCAUAUAAAUUAUCUUCCCCUUUCAAGACAUAAUGUGCAAUAUGUUAUCAAUGGAGAAAAUUGGUCUUGAUCAAGUGGGCAUCAUUGUUUGUGAGAAAAGCUGGUGAAAACAUGAAAUGCAGUUGAUUCAAAUAAACCUUUGGCCUUGAAUGUUACAAAAACACAGGCCUCUCUACUGAAAUGUCAUCAAAACGUAGAAAAUUUACAUUUUUCUGAGUAAAGAUAUGCUAUGAGGUCCCAUGAACCUUCAUGUCUACCGUGUCGUGAGAUAAAUAGGUGUAAUUUCAGCUUUUGAAGAUUGAAUGCGUUUGGUUUUUUUGACUAGGGUCUUGUUGUGUGCACUGUAGUUAUUUUACCUUUGAAGCUGCUUUUAUUAAUGUGGAUCUGUUUUUUGGCUUUUCCACAAUAUGGAUCCUCUCCUUUACUUUGCUCUGUGUUUUGAUUUAAACAUCAGUCUUUAGUGUGUCCUUUUCAUUGUUUACCGUCAGAGACAUUUACGACGACAAGAUAUGCUGUGCAAUCCCCCUUAAGGCACCUUGAGAUACCCUUCAUCUGCCACUUUGUAGCUUUUAGAUUUCGUAGAGGAUUGUGAGUUUUUAUAUGUGUGUGUUGGGUUUUUUUCUUUUUCUUUUUAGGGGACGGUGGUUAGGGAUAGGCAUGUCGAGGUAACAUUGUGAAUUAACCUUGUUAUAGUUACCUCUCUCUUUCUAGUUUGAAGCUGGUUUUGUCUUGUGUUGAUUGCCUUACAACAAGUGAUGCAUUUCCAGAGCUCCGGGGUGCAGGAUAAAAAAAAAUGCUUAGAAACUACAGCAGUACAAAGGAAUGUAUCUUGAAUAUAAAGCUUUCUUUCAGCUUUUAAAGAUUUGGACAGUAUACUUGACAAUAAGAGGACAUUUCUGAUUUACUCAGGCUGCUGUGCCUUUCAAGGUUGAGGUAAGCCAAUUCCUGUGAUGUACAAUCGUUUCUCACAUGACUUGUAUUUUCAUUUUAGUUGUCCUCUAGGGGGAGAUGGAUACCAGCACUGUAUUGAUUUGUGUCACUAUCAAAUAGGCCUAGGGGGAAGCCAGAAGUUUGCUCUGGCUGCUGUUAACAAUCAUUUUGUGUUUUAAUUUGUAAUGUGUGCCACUGGUGCACAGGUUUAUAGGAAAACCAUGAAACCACAAUAAAAGUGGAUACCAAAUUUUACACAA